AAAAAUUGAUGUUAAUAGUAAGGAGGAUAAUCUUAAACCACAGGAAGAUAUUGAUCACUUAAUAAAAUGGGCAGAGCAAUGCGGAUGGAAUUCAAUCCUAUAAGUGUGAGGUCAUGCAGCUUGGAUAAACUAAUAACACUGGGACAUAUACCAUGAAUGUAAGGCCCUAGGGAGUAUUGACGAACGGAGGAAUUGGGGCGACAAUUCACAGAUCCCCGAAGGUGACGGCAAAGUGAAGAAGAAGGUGUAUGGGAUACCUGCCCUAAUUAGCCAGGAUGUUGAAUAUAAAAGAAAGGAAGUUAGGGAACAGGCUUAUAAAAUAUUGGUUAAGCUGCAGCUGGGGUAAUGUGUACUGUUCUCGUCUCCCUAUUACAGGGAGGAAUUGAUCCUUUUUAAUAGAGGGCUUCUGUCAGAAUAUGGAAUACCGUGUUGUGUUUCGUCUCCUAACCAAGGGAGGGUGAUCUUGCCAUCAAGGGAGUGCAGCUAAGGUUUACCCUACUGGUGUCAGGAAUGGUGGAUUUGUCUCACAAGGAGAGAUGAAGUGGACUGGGCCCGUGCUCCCUCAUAUGCUCAUGGAAAUGUACAACAUUCUUCCCAGGAUUUAACAGGCUGCACGCAGGGAGGGCGCGUCUCCCGGGCUGAGAAGACUAGGAUUAGGGGUCCCAGUCUGGGAAUACUCCAAUGCUUGGGCCUGAGGAGGCGCAGUCAUUGAGUUCAUUCAAAGCAGAGAGCGAGAUAUUCCUGGAGUUUGAAGGAAAAAAGGGCAAUGGGGAUGGUGCAAGAAAAUUAUGCUGAAUUCAAAAAGGGCACCACUGGUUUAUAAAGGUUCACCAUUACUUCCCUUGUACUCUUUCUUUGUUUACUUGUGUUUUUAAUCACCUUUUCAACCUGCUCACUAUUUUCAACAGGACAUGCAAGUGCACCCUUGACAGCAGAUACCACAGGAUCUCUGUUCCUGUAACCAUUUCAUGUCUCCUUUACACGUUCUCUUCUCACACACGACAUUUCUCAGUAUUAGAUUUCACUUACCAACUACAGUACAUGCGCAUUCACUGGCCCCCCUAAAUUCCCCUCAAAGAUUAUUACUUCCCUCACAAUUCACUACAGAGCCAAGGCUUAUGGCAUCUGUACAUUUGGAAAUAGGACUUUGUACACUUAUUUCUGAGGGAUCAAGGAAAGAACGUUCACGUCGCGGCCCUGUUUUCACCAAUCUAUCCACCACCACACACAUGAAACGCAAGACGGACAGAAGGUAGUUGAGGUCAGUUCAUUGGCUAUAUUUAAGAGGGAGUUAGAUGUGGCCCUUGUGGCUAAAGGGAUCAGGGGGUAUGGGAGAGAAGGCAGGUACGGGAUACUGAGUUGGAUGAUCAGCCAUGAUCAUAUUGAAUGGCGGUACAGGCUCAAAGGGCCGAAUGGCCUACUCCUGCACCUAUUUUCUAUGUUUCUAUGACACCAUUGUAUGCAGAUGCCGAGAAGUGUGUUCAGCUCUGGCUGAACAAUUUCUAAUCUUGUGUGUGGACUCCAUCAGAAGAAGACUAAUUUCUGAGAAAGGCAGAACUUUCUUCGUAGCUUCCUGACAUUGUCAAAUCAACUAAAGGGCAGGAAGUGCAGGUUAACAGCAGCGAGCAGCGAGGUUUACACAUGAAUGUACAAUUACCACUUCCUCCCUCUGCAGUAUCAGAGAAGUUGGCAUAGGGGUUGCAGUUAGUCAUUGAAGCUACAACUGACUACCACUCCCUUCUUCCAGACACUGCAGCAGCUCAACUCGUUGGUGCACAGACGGGGUAAAGCAUCGCAGUCAGGGCCAGGGAUGAGCAUUCCCUGUGGUGGUCUCCUGCUUUGGCUGAUGUCUGCAGCUGUUGGUGCCCUGGACGUGAAGGCCCCGGAGUACCCGGUCAACGCCAGCCUGCGGCAGCCGGCCUGGUUACCGGUACAGGUGGGCGACCUGCCCCCGGACGCCGAGAUCACCUGGAAAUUCACGGGCAAGGGAGGGACCUCCUCUUCCAACAUCGUUCGCUACGAAGCCACGGAGAAGCGAAUGAAGUACUUCAAUGGCAGGCAGUUCGAAGGUCGGGUGAAGCUGCUGGACAACUUUACCCUGGAGAUCGACAGCGUGAGGCUGGAGGAUGUGGGGACGUACACCGUGUCGGUCGCCACCCCCACCGAGGAGCAAGCACAUGUGUAUCUGCAGGCGUACGAGCCGGUGUCUGGAGUCAGGGUGGAGGUGGCCAACAGCAGCUUAGGCCACUCCUGCAACUUGACCCUCAGGUGUUCCGCUGCGGCCGGAGACGAGCUGAACUUUGGCUGGAGCCCCGGGGCCGGCUCCCCCCUCGGGCAGGUGUCCGACUUGGGCGACGAGCUCCUGUUGUCGCUGGGGGCCUCCGACAGAAUCGACUACGCCUGCACGGUGUGGAAUCCCGUCAGCCGCCAGUCCGCCAACUUCACCAGGGAACGUGUGUGUGAGCAGCAUUCAGUUUCCAUGAAUCGUGUGAUCUUCAUCGUAGCCAUCGUUUUGUCCAUCUGUGUAUUUCUCUGUAUCAUAUUUGCAGUGUAUAUAUUCUGCAGACGACGCCAGAGUGUGUCCCUUCGAGGUAGGAGAUGGGGACCCAGACAUAACGGAGCAAGUAUCUGCAAUGACUAUGAGAACACCACUCCUCAGAGCCAGGUUGAAACAGUCUAUGCCACUGUUCAUGUGAAUUAUAGUUAGUGAGCACCUCUUGGUCUUGACAGUGGCCACACCAGGUCCAUGCAAGGCUACGGACAGCCCCCAGCCUAUCUCCUUCCCCACCCCACCCACGGUGACCAGGAUCCAUUACCCCGCCACCCCUGAGAGGCAGAGAGCAACUGCACCAACCCGCCCCUCUACCGCAAUGAGGGGAAGGAACCAACUGGAUAUCUCACAGGUUGCCUCCACGAGGGGGGCUGAAGAUACUUGGCUUUGCUGACCUGCCUUGGUCACUGCAGCGUUGAUGCAGUGUGGUGAUGGGAGAAACGAUCAAAUAGCUUCUCUGUCUCCAGAGAUGGCGGGGCUGCACUCAGCCUGGGGAGAGGAGCAUUCCAUACCACUCCUUUGUACAUGGGGGAAUUCCUGGGGUGUCCAGAAGUUAGUCACUCGCCACAGGAAACCUGCGAUGGAGGGAGAGAACAUCCAGCUCUCAUUGAUGAGCAGACUGAGGCUUUCCCGAUUCCUGGAACCACUGGAUCAUGGAACCCUUCAAUGUCAAUCCCCAGGGGUCUCCCAACACAGAAAACAUUUUACCGUGAUGCAUCACAACCUGGCUUGGGAACAGAUCCUCCAUCCAAGACCGCAAGAAAUCAGAGUUGUGGAAAUGAUGCAAACCAGCCUCCCAUCCAUCGACUCCAUCUACACUUGACGCUGCCUCGGUGAAGCCAGCAGCAGCAUAAUCAAGGAUGAGUCACACUCUGGUCACUUGCUCUUCUCUCCACUCUCAUCAGGCAUGAGAUGGAGGAGUGAAAACGCAUACCUCUAGAUUCACUGAUAGUUCUACCCACCUGUUAUCAGCCAACUGAAGACCUCUCAUCAGCUCGAGUGCAGUACUGACCUAUCAUCUACCUCAUUGGAGACCCUCAGUCGGACUUUACCUUGCAUUUAACAUUAUUCCCUUUAUCCGGUAUCUGUGUAUUGUGGACGGCUCGGUUGUAAUCAUGUAGUCGUUUCGCUGACUGGACAGCAUGCAACAAAACCUUUCACUGUAUCUCAGUACACGUGACAAUGAUAAAUGCUCUUGGGGAAAGCUUUGUGCAGGAGGGUAUCAUUCUUUGAUUAAAAUGACUGUCAGAAGU